GACGCAAUUCCCAUUCCACCCUGGCUCUCCAGCCCUGCUGCCUCCUGGACAAGGCUCUCCUGGGCAGGUUGCUGGUCCCAAGCCAAGGGGAGGGCCGUAGCGGGGACCGGGGCAGCCUUUGUCCCAGGAGCGGGCUCCACACUCCAAGUACACGGUGACACGGGAGGGCGGCGGAGCCGGGAGCAGCCAGGGUUGGAGGAGGAAUGGACCACAAAGCCAAGGUCCUUGCAGGUCUCCUGGCAGCCACUUGUGUCUUCAGCUUCAUUGCCCUCAUUCUGAGCAUCGUGAAUGUGAAGGAUGUGAUUCUGCCUCCCAGCACCAAGUACGGGCUGGUGUUUGACGCCGGCUCCACGCACACGGCUCUCUACAUCUACCGGUGGCCUGCGGACAAGGAGAACGGCACCGGCAUCGUGUCCCAGGUGGAGGCCUGCACUGCAGCCGGACCCGGCAUCUCCAGCUACGCAGACGACCCCGCCGGGGCCGGAGCCAGCCUGAAGCCCUGCCUGGACAAGGCCAUGGAGAUCAUCCCGGCAGAGCAGCAGCGGGAGACCCCCACCUACCUGGGGGCCACAGCGGGCAUGCGGCUGCUGAGGGAGCAGAACAGCACCAAGGCCCAGCAGGUCUUUGCCGAGGUGGCCAAGACCAUUGGCGAGUACCCGGUGGAGUUCCGCGGAGCUCAGGUCCUGACGGGGAACGAGGAGGGCUCCUUCGGCUGGAUCAGCGUCAACUUCCUGCUGGAGACGCUCGUCAAGUAUUCCUUUGCAGAGAAAUGGGAACAUCCGCAGGAUGCUGAGGUUCUCGGAGCUCUGGACCUUGGAGGUGCCUCAACACAAAUAACCUUCCAGCCUGGAGUCACCAUUGAGGACAAGAACACCUCUGUCUUCUUCAGGCUGUAUGGCACCAACUAUUCGCUCUACACCCACAGCUACCUCUGCUAUGGGCAGACACAGGCCUUGAAGAGGCUGCUGGCAGCUCUCCACCAGGCCAGCCCGUCCGCUGCUCAGCUCUCACACCCCUGCUACCCCAGGGGGUACCAGGAGAACAUCACCACGGCAGAGCUCUACGACAGCCCCUGUGUGCGUGCCCCGAGCAGCCCCAGCGCCGCGCAGCUCCUCAGGGUGAUGGGGACAGGGGAGCCAGCAGCGUGCAGCACCGCCGUGCAGCAGCUCUUCAACCUCAGCUGUGGGGCCAACAGCACGUGUGGGUUCAACGGGGUCUAUCAGCCGCCCGUGCGGGGACAGUUCUUUGCCUUUGCUGGAUUCUACUACACCUUCCAUUUCCUGAACCUGACCAGCCAGCAGUCUCUAAAGGACGUCAACUCCACAGUCCAGGCCUUCUGCAAGAAGGACUGGGCAGAGCUGGUGGAGACCUUCCCGCAGCAGAAGGGGUAUCUACACAAGUACUGCUCCACGGCCAUUUACAUCUUGACACUGCUGCUUGAUGGCUACAAGUUCAGUGAGCACACGUGGAGCAGCAUCCACUUCAGGCAGCAGGCAGCAAACACGGACAUCGGGUGGACGCUGGGCUUCAUGCUGAACCUCACCAACAUGAUCCCCACGGAGGCUCUGGGACACAUCAAGGGCCAGCAGCCCAGUCUGUGGGCAGGUGCUGUCUCCUGCAUCAUGCUGGCCAUCGUGGCAGGCCUGGUGGCCGGCUUCCUCCAGUGUUUCUGCAAAAGCAAGUAGCUCCCAGCCUCCUGACCAGAGACAUCCUGCCUACCAACCUGGGAGGGAUGUGCUGCAAAAGAAGGUGGGAGAAGAAUGAGGGCAUUAGACCCAUCUCCAUUGCUCAGGAGGUCUAAUUGGGCCAUCUCUAUGAAGAUGCUGAAGAUGACAAAGGUGUCUUGAGCUCUCUGAGUACCUCCAAGAGGAAGACCAAUCUGGCUGAUAAAAGCUGACAGACUUGGCAGCUGGAUGAAGCCAGAUCAACCCAAACUAGAAAUAAAACCCAUUUUGUUUUUCA